CAAACUUGGCCCAAAUAUUUCUUGUAAAACAAAUAAAAAAAAUUAUACUUCCCUUUCUCAAAUGUACACUUCAAGGCUCUUGUCAGCAUUUUGUAUCAAACUAGAAAUUAAAGUGAAGUCAUACCUUUGGCAGUAGCACACUCCGUGUACAUAGGCAGAUGUCAACCCUGUUUGAUACUUUUCAGCUAAAGUCAAGCUCUCAAACAAUCACAAUUAAGAUGGUAUUUUGUACCUUACUUGCUAUCCUGGCAUUCAGAGUGUCGUAGUACUCUAUUAAACUCUAAUGCACGUUUGGGCAACAAAGAGAAUUAGUUCUAAAGUUUCUUGUACUCUCCACACACUAUUGAAAGAGAGCUUUCAAAGGAUAACUUACAAAGAACAAAAUACAAAUGUGCUAUUGUGUUCGGGGUUCAUAAGCUAUACUGGGUGACAAACUUCUUUUUUCCAUUUUUUUUAAAGGGGGGGGCCAGCUUUGUUAUAAUUUCCCUGCACUCAGCCAGUACUUAGAAAAACAAAAUUUGUAAGCCCCGCCCCCUUAAAAAUUACUGUGGGGGGUAUUCACCGCUUCUGUAGUGUUAACGUUGCUUAACUUCUAUGCCAGACAUCUAACGACCUAAAAAAGAUGUCUGACAUCAUCAGAUGGGGAUACCCCAACCUCAAUCCAUUGCACAAUAUUUGAAUCUUACAGAUCUUAUAAAAACAUAACACACAGCACACUGCUACACAUGUACAUGAAGUUACCGGUAGGGACCAGUCAACAAAACAAGCGACAGCUGGUAUAACUGUCACUAAGUUGUCGGGAUAUGAGCCCUGGAGACAAAAUGGAAUCAAAUUCUUCUGGCGUAGAAAAGGAAGUGACAGACAUCCCUCAGACUACAUAUGCCCAAAGACGGAAACGGGCACCAUCUCGUCGAAGGAAUAAAAGAGCCAUGAAAGCACAUUUCAAACCUCAGUCUAUAAACCACCACAGGCCCACGGUAGUCUUCAUCUUGCUGACCAUUUUCAUGCAUGAACACGUACUGGCCAAACGUGAUGAGGACCAGUGUUUAACCUGUAGAUACAAGACAAUUGAGCAACCCCAAUGUCAGUCUGAAAUAUUCGUAGAAAAGGUGACCACUUUUGUGAAUGAAACCAACUUGUGCUGCUAUCAGGAAUUGGGAAAUCAAAGGUACGCAUACAUAAACCAGAACUUCACUUUCAACUGCAGCGACGUCAGAAGCCUGAAAGAGUUCACAGUCAAUGAUAUGCAGUAUCUUCUUAUAACAGACAGAGGGAAAAAGGGACAAGCAGGUGCAACAGUCAGAUUAAUCCGGUUUGACGAAGAUCAACGAGAAUUCUCAACUGUGCAAACUCUUCACAUCAAGGAUGUGUACAGCUCAAAUAUAGUCCAGCAUAGGGGUCAGAUUCUUCUGAUGGUUUCUGUAUUCAGUGGGCAAGAGUGUGGCCGAUGUCAGAAUGCAAAACGCAAACCCAGACGCAAAAGUCGGGUUUACAUAUGGAACCACUCGACGGAAAGGUUUGACCAGAGAGCAAUUCAGCGUCUUCCAGCGGCCAGGCGCAUACAUUGGUUUCUGGAUAAAUACAACAAUGUUAAGACUGUCAUUCUCGUCAUCGGACACUGUAACUGUCCCACACAGUUAUUUUUCUGGGACAGAAGUACAAACCAGUUUCAUCAACUUGAGUUUCAUCAAACCGAUAUGCAUGCAGCCAUGAAAGGUGAUUACGACAUAACUGUGCAGUCUGUCCGACAGGCAAGAACACAACACAUUCUACUGGGCACAUUAGCAAAGCAACAGCAGUUUAGAAUCUGGGUCUACAGAUGGUUGCCGAACCAGGGACUGGUUUACCACACAAAUGUAACAGUCCCUGUAUUUCUUAGUGAGCAUGAAGGUUUGAGUGUUCUUCAACACAAAGGCCAGGUCUUCAUGUGCAGCAAAUCCACACUAAAAAUGCUAGAGGGCCAGGUGGAAUUUUACAAGCUGCUCUUGGAUAACUCUGUUUCCCAAAGUAAGGCUGUUCAAACAGAAGGGGAAACAGGAGAAGGACCAUCUUUCUGUGAGCUCUUUGUCCAUCCAGAGAACCAGGAACUCUAUGCAGCUGUUGGCUACGGACGUGAUGGCACAAAACUCUUCAGAUACAACCUGUUGAAAGACAGGUUUAUAAAUGCCGGCAAGCUGUCUGAGGACAUAUGGGUGAGGGACGUGGUACAUUUCCAAAGAGGUGAUGACAUCUUUGCUGUCUUGAGUUGUGCAACAGAGCACAAGUGCACAGUCUAUGGCAUUGAGUAAAUCAUCAAUAUUCAUUCCAGGCGAUAUGGUCAAAUCAGACAGCUCCUGGGAUGUUUCCAAAGGAAUAUUACAUGUAGCCAGUCUUGAGUCAAAGAUAGAGAGUUAGUCCAACUCCGUCCAGUUGAAAUUCUUGCUUUUGAUCGUGAAACUUUGAAAAGCUAAGAAAACUGAUGAGAUUGGAAAUUAUUAAAAUAUUUCUGUAUUAUAGAUAUUUCCCUCAUGAAGAAUGCUGGGACAGAUUUUGGAGAUUCCUUGUACAAAAUGUAAAUGUACUAAAGCUUUAUAUUUUACUCAGAAAAAGGCCUUUUAUUUUAGAUGUCAGCAUUGCAGUUCAAUUUUAUAUAGUAUUUCAUUUCUAAAUGUGUUUAAAGUAUUUGAUAUAAAUUUUUGUAAUAUGAUACUGACAAACAUGGUAGAUGCAUUAUAUAUGCAUAAUAUAAUCAUUUAUGUAAAGACCUCACAAACAGCCCAUUCCUAUUGGUCGAGAGCCCAUAGCAUAGACUGUUUUUAACAUAACAGAUGACACAACAAAUCAACUGAUUUUGAAUUCCUUUACAUGUGAAAUUUGGACUGCCAUUUUCAUGGGUUCUAAUCCUUAUCAUGACAAUGACUGACCUACGUAUAAUGAUCGUCAUAUAGUCAAUACAACUGCUUAGUCUGCACGUUUACAGAGUUUACAUCUCAUUCUGCAUUGUUACCAUGACAUCUAGUGAAACGUCAUGCAGUAUGGACUAUGUGAAAUCUUGCUAGCCACGUACCACAGAUGUGGCUUGUGGACGUUUCAUGAAACUUGAGGCAAAAUGGAUGAAUAAAAGUCAUAGCACAUUGAUUUCAUCCUGGAUUUGCUGUUGUCCACAAUCAAAAGGUGUUUAUGGAUGGGAAUAAAAGUGUGAUGAAGCAGUUAAAUGAAUCGGGAGAACUAUCAAGAGACUUCCAUCAUAUUUAUUCCCUGAUUUAAAUUUGUGCAUUUUUGAACAAUUUGUUUUGGAUCAAAGUGAUCAAAUAUAUUGAACAAACUGUUCAAACAUUGUUUGUCAAUGGCUGAACAAAGCUAGAACUCUGCAUGGAUGUGAUUAGUGUAGCUUUUUAUUAGUGUUUGAUUCUUCAUUAAUGACUAUAUGCCAUCAACUUGAAAUGGACUUGAAUGAUUAUAAGUUACAGUGCAGAAACCAAGACUGAUUUUUUAAAACAGGAUUUGGUAGAAUCUUAUUCCCAACAUUCUGAUAGAUUGUACAAAAUAUAAAGGGUUUGAAAACGGCACAGCACAAUCCAAUCUUGAGAGAUAAAUUAGUGCUUACCUUGUUACUGCUAUGUGUAAGACAACAGAUUUAUCUCAUAACUUCCAUCAACCUAAACGACAGUAAAAUUCAAGUUAGAUAUUUCUUGAAGCAAGGAAGUAUUCUGUGUAGUCUGAAAAAAAUUGUUGAUGAGAUAGUUUUCACAAUGUUUUAAAACGUUCCUCCAAAAUAACAUUCUAUUAACGUUUCCUUCAGAUGGCAAGGACUAAAUGCUUUGCUUUGAAGCUUGAAAAUGAUGUCAAAUCUAGAGGUACAUAUACCCGGUAGUUUUUGAACGGAGGGGUGUAGGUCAUUGAUUAUUCUCCUCUCCCCGCCAAAACGCACCUUCUCUUGGAGAAAAAAACCCUAAGGUUAUUUUCAACAUUUCCAACCUCCAAUUAGAAAUACACACCAUAGUGAUGUAAGGUUAGAGCAGGAUACAACGUGAUGUAUGACAAACGUAAGAUGCACAGAUUGCCAGUUUUGCACAUAAAAACCAGUAGCAGCAAAGCAGUGGAUGACAGUGUGUGAUCAGUGGGCAUUAUGCCCUUACACUGCCUGUACUUCUUUACACGUAGUCUCAUAAUAUAUAUAACAUAUAUAAUACGUGAACUUUUCUGUUCUUUGGCCUCGCCACCUUUUUGUUUCAGAUGCUUCAAAUCCAUUGUUUUGAAUCUACAUGGGCCAGAUUAAGCAUAUGGACGAUUUUUUUUCACAAUUGGAAAAAUUGGGUCAUAUAUGGCUAGAAUUCUUCAACUGUGCGAAAAUUCCCAACACCAAGAGGUGAAAUUUCCCUUUGUUGUGUUUUGUUGGACACAAAAAACAUGUACUUUGGAAUACAAUUUGCCAGUCCAUGCAUACAAGUGUGCAGUACGUACAUGUAUAUACCUGCAUGUGUCUUAAGGAGCUUCCCCUUAUGUCAUGUGAUAUUGGUAUUCUGUCCAUGGGCUAUACAUGUACGUGUACAACUAAACAAUCUUAUGGUAAGCAUUUCACAGGAUGCUGCAUAAGGGCAUUCUCAAUGACUUUCCCAAAUGUGUUAUCUCUGUUAUUUGAGGAUGCAAUGCAGAUGAAAAUAUCAUGAUUUUGUGCACAUUCAAUUAAAAAUUGGUCUUGUACCCUGUGAACUACUCAUACCCUUUGCUUGUCUUAGAUGAGUAUGAAUUGAGUCUGGUAUGAUGAUUCUGUACCUUACACAAUUCUGUGCUUACAGCACUUGCACAAUAUAUGUCAUAGCCCUAUAAAUGACUUGAAGUCCCUUGCUAACCCAUGAAAUAAAUGCUAAGCAUGAGAACUAAAUUAUUUCAAGAUUAA